GUAGCUCCCGCUAGGUGUCAAUGUUUUGCCCCGAUUGUGGUUUUCUGCUGUUUUCCGGUGUCUCGCUUCAAAGUGUUACCAUCUUAACCGGCGCCUCUCAGCCGAAUGCGUCAGCCGUUGCCGCAUUCCCAGCACGAGCACAGUCCUCUCCAGUCUCUCUUAUAACAUCUCUGUGUCAGUCUGGAGUCGAAGCGUUUUUAUCAGGAACAUUUUCACUGAAAACCAAACUCAGAAGAAGGAUGGGGACUGUUUAAAACACAGACGCAUUCAUUUAAAUGUCGCCAGGUACCAGGGUAACAUUUUGAACCGGAACACUGGUGACAGCACUGGAAUGACAACACCGUCAGUUUCGGCCCUUUUCCCACUGAAGCUGCCUGCAAACACCGACAAAAGGAGAAGCUGACAGCCUCCAGACUGUGUCACCUGUGUUUCUGGGAUUGAUUCUUUAUGUGGGAGAAACAGCAGCAUUAUGGCAGAUGACAAGGACGUGUUGAGAGACGUGUGGUUCGGCAGGAUCCCCACCUGCUUCACCCUGAACCAGGAUGAGGUGACUGAGAGGGAGGCCGAGCCCUACUAUCUGCUUCUACCCAGAGUGAGCUACCUGACUCUGGUAACGGACAAGGUGAAGAAACACUUCCACAAAGUGAUGAGGGCCGAGGAGGUGGAGGAGAUGUGGUUCGAGUAUGAAGGGACCCCGCUGAAAUGGCACUAUCCCAUCGGAGUUCUGUUCGACCUCCACGCCUCCAACACGGUCUUACCUUGGAGCAUCACUGUGCACUUUAAGAGUUUUCCAGAUCGUGACCUGCUCCACUGCCCGUCCAACUCCGUGAUCGAGGCUCACUUCAUGUCCAGCAUCAAGGAGGCCGACGCCCUCAAGCACAAGAGCCAAGUCGUCAAUGACAUGCAGAAGAAAGACCACAAGCAGCUGUGGAUGGGCCUGCAGAACGAUAAGUUCGACCAGUUCUGGGCCAUGAACAGGAAACUGAUGGAGUAUUCCACCGAGGAGGGAGGCUUCAGAUACAUCCCCUUCAGGAUAUACCAGACGAUGAGUGACCGACCGUUCAUCCAGAAACUGUUUCGCCCCGUUUCACCUGAAGGCAACAUGCACACACUUGGGGACCUGCUAAAAGAGAUGGACCCAACAGCUUUACCAAAUGAAGGUGAGCAGAAGCGUUACCAGGUGGUGAUCCACGGCAUCGAGCCGCUCCUGGAGACCCCCCUUCAGUGGCUCAGCGAGCACCUCAGCCACCCUGACAACUUCCUGCACAUCUGCAUCAUCCCGGUCCCCACCGAUUGAGGCCACGCCCCCCAUUUUCCACUCCGCCUCACUGUCACCUCGACAACCAAUCAACCAACCAGCGCACCUGGCAGCUGGCUGGGUCACUCCUGAAGGUAGCAGCGCUGACAGAGGAAGCUUAAGUGACUCUUAAAUGAGAAGGAGAAUCCUGAAGGAAGGAUGUGAAGGAGGUAACUCACUCACCUCCUCAUGAAGGUGCAGAGGAUCUCUCCUCUUUUUCUACUCUGCUUUCUCAAACCUCCUCCUCCUCCUCUUCAUCCUCCUCCUCUCCAAACAAACAAACAUCUCCACGGGAGGAGAGGAGAGGAGGAGGAGGGAGCUCUCGUUUUUCCAUCCUGCCAUACAUCUUCCUGCCGAGACAAAGACUGUCCUCUCGACAGGGAGCCAGUGUUUUUUGGGGAUUCGGGGAGAGCUGUAUCCAGUCCUGCUGAAGUUGCCUUAGUUAACACAUUCAAACAUUUUCACCGUCUUCUUCAUGUCCGUGCUUUAACGUUUGGACUCUCUGAGUUUACAUCACAGCCUGCAACGCUCAUCAUCUUCAAAAACACCGUCCAAAAACUUCUCCUGGUUCGGUUCAUGACUUCACAGGAUGAUGCAUUUUUAAAUCAGGACAGAGACGCACCUUCAGUCUCUGCCAAUCUUUCCCUCUACAUCAGUCACUACUUUGGGUUUCUUUUUUUACAAUAAAUCUCAUCCUGCUUUCUUUUUAAAGACAAAUUUAUCACACAUUGUGAAUCUGCUGUAGAAAGGCUGAUUUGGCAAGCUGCAGCAGUUACAGAAAUACAAAAUCACAGUAUAGAAAUAAUCAAAUAUGUCACUGAUGGUCUCAUUUAUCCUUUAGGAAUUGUAUAGAAACUGCUGCUUAAUUCAGUCUGUUCUAUGACGAGCUUAAAACUCCUUACUGUAGCUUUAAUUAGCUCUUGGGGUCUAAAUGACUGAGAGUGACCAAAAGUUCUGGACAGAGUAGAUCGCAAAGAAUCCAUGGAGGCAAACGCACCUGAAUGCAGCUUUUGUUUUGCCACUGACAGGCUCAGACUUUUAUUCUGAAGGGCUCACAACAUCCCAGUAAGGAUCCCUACAGAGGCAGGGUCUAUUCAAAGUAAGGUACCGUCUUUCAAACCAGUAACAGACGUUACAUCUCUCUUCAAAGCCAACAGACUUCAUCACAUAACAGUCACUUUCUCUUGCAAAAAACAGAGCUCUUCUUCUUCUACUGCUAGUUUUUUUUGUGUUAUUGCACAUUAAACAUCAAGUAAACAUUUAAAGCAACAGAGUACUUAAUUAUAAACUCAAACUAACAUAGUAAAGCAGCCGAAUCCCAGCAGUUCUUAAGUUUGUAAGACGUAUAAGUGAUUUUCUGAAUGAAGUCUGGCAGAUUUGAAGAGAGUUAAAAGGAUGAUGCAUGUUUUAAAUCAGGACAAAGACGCACCUUCAGUCUCUUUGCCAAUUAUUUUCCUCUACAUUAUUUUUUUUUUGAAGUUGUAAGGCAAGUUGUAGUGAUUACAGGACUUCUGUUCUAUGACGAGCCAAAAACUCCUGACUGUAACUUUAAUGAGCACCAAAUGAAUCUUGAUGAACCCGGCUUUUAUUUUGCACAGUCUGUUGUCUGACGAAAGUUACAGAAAGUUCUGGACAGGUUAGAUCGCUUCAGUCAGUAAAAAUGAAAUGUUUUGCCACUGAGAGGCUCAGACUUUUAUUCUGAAGGGCUCACAACAUCUCAGUAAGGAUCCCUACAGAGGCAGAGUUUAUUCAAAGUAAGGUACCAGUAAGAGAUGUUACGUCUCUCUUCAAAGCCAACAGACUUCAAUGAAACAGUCACUUUCUCUUCCAAAAUACAGAGCUCUUCUUCUUCUUCUUCUUCUUCUACUGCUAGUUUUUUUGUGUUUUUGCACAUUAAACAUCAAGCAAACAUUUAAAGCAACAGACUACUUAAUUAUAAACUCAAACUAACGUAAUGAAGCAGCCGAAGCACAGAAGUUCUUAAGUUUGCAAGACAAAUGAGAGAUUUUCAGAAUGAAGUCUGGCAGAUUUGAAGAGAGCAACAAGGAUUUGGCUUAAUAAGGGGCGUGGCUUAUUUGACUGACAGGUGAGCAAGGCUGUGACCUCAGCUUCACCUCUUUGACCAGUUUUGAGAUCAGCCAGCGUUUAGGUUGCAUUUCCAAUAUGGCGUCCACCAUCUUUGAGCUUCGUCAUUACAUCCAGAAAUUUUGUCUCACCUGAUACUGAAUGUUAAUCCGUGUAGGGAACGUGUCAGAGGCAAAACAAUCACUCAUGGCUGCUUGAUUAAGAGAUAUACAGGAGCAAAACUAAAACCUUUGCACCCAUCAGUCUUUAAAACAUCAGAAUAUGUUAAAGAAAUGGAGUCAUGGUGUAUUAUUACGGGAAUUCCUGUUUAAAUUUUGGCUUUAACUGAAAUAAAAUUCAACCUUUACAGAUUUGUUGCCUUCCUUAGUGAGCUUCAAGAAAAAUGAAACCUUCUAAAUUCUCCUUCAACACUCCUCCUUUAAUUUUGUGGAUUUUCUAAAACCACCCAAAUAAUAAAAACUAGAUUUGUUUUUAACCGAACCCUGAAAAAAGUCUGCGCUUCAUUUUAACUGGUCUGGAUCCUCGCCCCACGCUCUGCACACGUUUUCAAUAACAGGUGUUGAAUCCCUGAAACACAGUUUGGCUGUUUUCUGUCACAUUUGGCUCCAGCCUCUUCGUCCGCUGCCAACUUUAAACGAGCAUCUGGUUUUUGUUUGGUUUUAAGAACUCGGCGCAGAUAAUGAGACGAUCGAAAAUGAAGUCUGCAGGCUCUCUCCGUUCAUUCUGAAAAACAGGACUUACACUAACUUUAAUCGCACACACCCGAUUGCUUUCUAGACGUUGAGAUCUUUAUUAACUCUUGUUUUGUAUCGUGUCUUCUUUUUUUAUUUCACAUCUGUUCAUACUGAAAUAAAACAACUUGUAAUUUAGCUGACACUGUUAUCCUGAAUGACUUUAAAUAAAGAUGAUUUGAUUUAAA